GUAACUAACCAGCAGCUAAAAACACACACUCACUCUAGCUGUCAGAGCAGGAGGCAACAUGGACGAGCUCGAUUUGCUGUUGGAGGAGCUGGCCCUGAAUUCAGCGAGUUCAGAAAGCGUCAAUGAGAAAAACAGCAAUGAUCCAGCUGCUGGAGAGGUGCCAGGUGCAGUUUAUGCUGGACUUGCCGAGAAAGGAAAAGGUCCAGUCAGCUCAAAUGUGUACAGUGAUCUGCCAGCUCCUGUAGCAGCUUCCCCGACCCCCGACUCACCCACUAAGGAGCUGGAUGCCAUCUUGCAGGAUAUGCUGGGUCUGGGACACGGGGAUCCAGUGUCUUCAACGACCCCACCGCCUCUCACACAAAAACAGUCUGUGAAAAAAAAGAAACCAGAAGGUGAGCAACAGGAGAACAAGGAGAGCAGCAGCAAUACAGCAGGUUCAGACGCAAACACCUCAAAGACCACGAGCAAGAAAACAGAUACUAUAGAUGACCUGCUAGGAGGGCUGAGCUCCGACUUGGAGAAGAUUGGCGUACGCACCGCGGCCAAAGGCAACUGUGCUUCCUGCAACAAAAGCAUUGUGGGAAAGAUGAUCACGGCGCUGGGUGAAGUGUGGCACCCCGAGCACUUUGUGUGUUCGGAGUGUAAGACGGAGCUGAGCUCCUCCGGCUUCUUUGAGAGAGAUGGACGGCCGUACUGUGACAAAGACUACCAUCAGCUCUUCUCUCCUCGCUGUGCCUACUGCAAGGGGCCCAUUCUCACGAACAUCCUGACAGCUCUGGACCAGACCUGGCACCCCGACCACUUCUUCUGUACACACUGCGGAGGCCUGUUUGGACCUGAUGGUUUCCUAGAAAAGGAUGGGAAGCCAUAUUGUUGCAAGGACUUCUACCACCUCUUUGCUCCCAAGUGCUCGGGCUGUGGGGAGUCAGUGAAGGCGAACUACCUGACUGCAGCCAACGGCACCUGGCAUCCAGAGUGCUUCGUCUGCGCAGACUGUCUGAAGCCCUUCACUGAUGGCUGUUUCAUGGAGCUGGAUGGUCGACCCCUCUGCUCACAGCACUUCCACUCCCGACAGGGCACUCUGUGCGGCGGCUGCGGCGAGCCCAUCACGGGCCGCUGCAUCUCUGGUCUCGGUCGCAAGUUUCACCCUGAGCACUUUGUGUGCGCCUUCUGUCUGCGGCAGCUCAGCCAAGGCAUCUUCAAGGAGCAGAAAGGGAAGCCGUACUGCUCGCCUUGCUUUGAAAAACUCUUUGUGUGAGACAUACAGUAUACAACGUACUACUAAUGUAGCAGAAAACAAUCAAAUGCAGCAUCACUGUCAUUGUUGAAGUUAUUAUUUCCCCACAGUAUGGGUGAUACAUUAAAGGGGACAUAUGCUAAUU